GGAGGCGUGCGAAGGAGCAUCUGGCCGGUCCCGGGCCCUGCAGGAUGAAGCGGCGCCAGGCAUCCCACCUGGGCGAGCCUGUGACCCCAGAUCUACUGAUGACCCCUAGUGAUCAGGGUGAUGGAGACUUGGAAGCAGACUUUACUGCAGACCGUGGAAACUGGACAGGGAAGCUGGACUUCCUUCUCUCCUGCAUCGGCUAUUGUGUGGGCCUAGGCAAUGUCUGGCGCUUCCCCUAUCGUGCUUACACCAACGGAGGAGGUGCCUUUCUUGUGCCCUAUUUCAUCAUGCUGACCAUCUGUGGCAUCCCUCUCUUCUUCCUGGAGCUUUCCCUGGGCCAGUUCUCUAGCUUGGGUCCACUUGCUGUCUGGAAGAUCAGCCCUCUCUUCAAAGGUGUUGGCGUGGCCAUGCUCAUCAUCGUCUCCCUGGUGGCCAUCUAUUACAACAUGAUCAUCGCCUACGUCUUGUUCUACCUCUUCGCCUCCCUAACCAGCGACCUGCCCUGGCAACACUGUGGUAAUUGGUGGAACACGGACCUCUGCCUGGACCACCAUGCAAUGAGAGAAGCAAACGGCACGCUGCCCCUCAACAUCUCCAACACCGUGAGCCCCAGCGAGGAGUACUGGAGCCGAUAUGUCCUCCACAUCCAAGGGAGCACAGGCAUUGGAGAUCCAGGUGAGAUUCAGUGGAAACUCUGUCUCUGCCUCUUACUGUCCUGGGUCAUCGUCUUCCUCUGCAUCCUCAAGGGAGUAAAAUCCUCUGGCAAGGUGGUGUAUUUUACAGCCACCUUCCCAUACCUCAUCCUCCUCAUGCUGCUAAUUCGGGGGCUGACACUUCAGGGUGCCUGGAGAGGGAUCCAGUUCUAUCUCACACCCCAGUUUGAUCACCUUCUAACCUCCAAGGUAUGGAUUGAGGCAGCCUUGCAGAUCUUCUAUUCCCUGGGGGUGGGCUUUGGGGGCCUCCUUACUUUUGCCUCUUACAACACCUUUCACCAAAAUAUCUACAGAGACACAUUCAUUGUCACCUUGGGCAAUGCAAUCACCAGCAUUCUGGCUGGCUUUGCCAUCUUCUCCGUACUGGGCUACAUGUCUCAGGAGCUGGGAGUCCCUGUGGACCAGGUGGCCAAAGCAGGGCCUGGCCUGGCAUUUGUGGUCUACCCCCAGGCCAUGACGAUGCUCCCCCUGUCACCAUUCUGGUCUUUUCUCUUCUUUUUCAUGCUGCUGACCCUGGGCCUGGAUAGUCAGUUUGCCUUCCUAGAAACCAUCGUGACCGCUUUGACAGAUGAAUUCCCUUACUACCUCCGGCCCAAGAAGGCCAUCUUCUCCGGCACCAUCUGUGUGGCCAUGUUUCUGAUGGGCCUCAUCCUCACGACGGACGGAGGCAUGUACUGGCUGGUCCUGCUGGAUGACUACAGUGCUGGCUUUGGGCUCAUGGUGGUGGUGAUCACAACCUGCCUCACGGUUACCCGUGUGUACGGUAUCCAAAGGUUUUGUCGGGACAUUCACAUGAUGUUGGGCUUCAAACCUGGUCUGUAUUUUAAGGCCUGUUGGAUGUUCCUGUCUCCAGCCACCCUGAUGGCUCUGCUAGUAUACAGCGUUGUGAAAUACCAACCCUCGGAAUACGGCACUUACCAGUUCCCAUACUGGGCUGAGCUCCUGGGGAUUCUGAUGGGCCUCCUGUCUUGCAUAGUGAUUCCUGCUUGCAUGCUAGCUGCUGUGCUCAAGGAAGAGGGGACACUGUGGGAGAGGAUCCAGCAAGCCAGCCGUCCAGCCAUGGACUGGGGUCCUUCUCUGGAGGAGAACAGGACAGGCAUGUAUGUGGCCACCCUGGCGGGUAGCCAGUCCCCCAAGCCUCUGAUGGUCCACAUGAGGAAAUAUGGUGGCAUCACCAGCUUCGAGAACACAGCCAUUGAGGUGGACCGGGAGAUUGAAGAAGAGGAGUCCAUGAUGUGAGGGCUGGGGAGCAGGGCCCCUGGGACAGAGGAUUGCUGAGGGCAGUGCUAUGGGCCCCACGGGCCCUCCCCCUUGAGCAGGGUAAUACCGUGAGUCUGAAACUUCUGUCCCAGGGCCUAGAGGCUGUGUGUGGAUGUGUUCCUGUGGGUCCCUGGGAGUCAAUGGGACAGGAUGAUCUUUUCUGUCUAAGGUGUGGUCAGAAAUCAGGCCCUGUCCUGCU